UACAUCAGGAAUGAAAUUUUUGAUAAGCGACUGAAUUAGAAUAGAGAAUAGAUAACAAAAUAUUUCAAUGGGUAAAAUAGGUAAAAUCCACGAAAUGGAAAUUAAAUUAAUGCAAAUGAAUUUUGAAAUUUAUUCCGUCAUUUGUCGUUUGUAACGAAUAAUUGGAUCAUCCGAAUUGGAUAAUAACACUUGUGAUGUCAUGAGAAGAACAUUGCACGUUGAUUUGUAUAAUAUUAUUAGUUGCGUUUACAUCCUAAAAUAAAAAGACGAUGAUCAAAAUUUAUCAAAGAUUGGCCCAGGGUGCCGUUUCCUUCCUGAGGUUACCAAACUGUCGACAUUGUCUCACGAAGUUGAAUUAUUCUACCAGUAAUACACCGGCGUCCAUUCAGGAAAUCAUACGUCAAAAAAUUAAAGCCACUGGUCCUGUGCCGCUACCUCAUUUCAUUAAAGAAGUACUCACGAAUCCCGUUUAUGGAUAUUAUACUACAAGAGAUGUCUUCGGAAGAGAAGGUGACUUUGUAACGUCUCCAGAGAUAAGUCAACUUUUUGGUGAAUUGAUAGCUGUUUGGUUCAUCAACGAAUGGGCAAAAGUUGGACAACCGAAACCUUUCAAUUUUGUAGAAUUAGGUCCUGGUCGUGGAACUAUGAUGAGGGACAUGCUGAAAGUAUUCUGUAAAUUCAAGUUGAAUCAGUCCUGCUCGGUGCAUUUGAUUGAAGUAAGCGAAGUUCUGAGUAACAUCCAGGCUGAAAAAUUAGGAGUAACGAUCAUUCCCGGCGAAGAAGACCUUCCAUAUUAUAAAUACGGAAAAACAAACGAUGGCGUUGAAGUUUUCUGGUACAAGUCAUUAUCGAAGUACAAAUAUAAACGGUUUUCUCUAAUAGUAGCUCACGAGUUUUUUGACGCCUUACCUAUUCACAAGUUUAAGAAAACUGAGAAAGGAUGGUGUGAGGUAUUGGUCGACAUAGAUCGUAAUGAUCCUAAUGAAAAAAAGUUUAGAUUUGUUUUAUCUUCUGGCCCAACCACUAUGAGCAAAGUGUUUGUUUCUCCUGAAGAAACCCGCAAUGAAAUCGAAGUCAAUUCCGAAAGUAUUUUAUGCAUGGGAAAUUUAGCAUCAAGUAUGGAAUGUUAUGGAGGUAUAGCAUUGAUAAUAGAUUACGGGCAUUGUGGAACGAAAACAGACACUUUUAGGGCUUACCGUAACCACACGCAGUGUCAUCCUCUUGAUCAUGUUGGUGAUGCGGAUUUAACAGCCGACGUCGAUUUUUCCUCUCUUAUUAGAGCAGUGUAUCCUAAACUGAUCACUUUCGGUCCGGUCACUCAACAACAAUUCCUUAAACAAAUGCAAAUCGAUGUUAGAUUGCAGCAUUUAUUAGAAAAGUGUAAUGAUGAAAAAAUUAGAGAAAAUCUCGAACAAGGAUACCAUACGUUAGUUGAUGAAGAUAAAAUGGGUUCUCGGUUUCACUUUUUAUCAUUUUUUCCUGCUGUUCUGCAUAAAUUUUUGAACGAUAAUCCAGUUGUUGGUUUCUUGAAUAAUGUAACGAAAAACGAAAAAUAAAGAAUACUAUGAUCUUGCAAUAA